CUGUGAGUUCCACUAUAUAUAAUGUGCAAGAUUAAUCCAAGUAAGGCACAACAUCUAUUGAAGUAAUAAACCUGUUAUACUCUAAUAGCUAGCUGUAUUAUUAGGGGAGCUGCUGCAGCAUAGUCAAAGAAAGCCUUGGUGAUGAAGAUGAAUGAGAAGAAUGGCAGCAAGAACAACCAUCAUCACCAGGCUUUUGAUGUCUCCCUUGACAUGCAACAACAAGGAGGCUCUAAGUGCUUCGACGACGAUGGUCGCCUCAAAAGAACUGGGACUGUGUGGACUGCAAGUGCACAUAUCAUAACUGCUGUGAUUGGCUCUGGGGUUCUCUCCCUGGCUUGGGCUAUAGCUCAGCUUGGAUGGGUUGCUGGUCCUGCUGUCAUGAUUCUCUUCUCUCUGGUGACUUACUACACCUCCAUUCUUCUCUGUGCUUGUUAUAGAAAUGGUGAUCCUGUCAAUGGCAAGAGAAACUACACUUACAUGGAUGUUGUUCAUUCAAACAUGGGUGGCAUUCAGGUCAAGUUAUGUGGGAUAGUUCAGUACCUUAACCUUUUUGGUGUCGCCAUUGGAUACACUAUAGCGUCAUCCAUUAGCAUGAUAGCAAUUGAAAGGUCUAAUUGUUUCCACAAGAGUGAGGGAAAAGAUCCAUGCCACAUGAAUGGCAAUAUCUACAUGAUUUCAUUUGGUUUGGUGGAAAUUGUUCUCUCUCAAAUUCCAGACUUUGAUCAAUUAUGGUGGCUCUCCAUUUUAGCUGCUGUCAUGUCCUUCACAUACUCCACAAUUGGGCUAGGCCUUGGUUUUGGAAAAGUUAUAGAAAACGGAGCAGUUGGGGGAAGCCUAACUGGCAUAACAGUUGGAACAGUAACACAAACUCAAAAAGUUUGGAGGACCUUGCAAGCUCUUGGUGACAUAGCCUUUGCCUAUUCAUACUCCAUGAUCCUUAUAGAAAUUCAGGACACUGUAAAAUCACCUCCAUCAGAGUCAAAAACAAUGAAGAAGGCAUCUUUCAUCAGUGUGGUAGUGACCACCCUUUUCUACAUGCUUUGUGGUUGCUUUGGCUAUGCUGCAUUUGGAGAUUCAAGCCCUGGAAACCUUCUCACUGGUUUUGGCUUCUACAACCCAUUUUGGCUCAUUGACAUUGCCAAUGCUGCCAUAGUUAUCCACCUUGUUGGUGCAUACCAAGUCUACUCCCAGCCCCUCUUCGCCUUCGUUGAAAAUUACGCGGCGGAAAAAUUCCCAGACAGCGAUUUUGUGACAAAAACCGUUCAAAUCCCAUUGUUCAAUGCUUACAAAAUCAAUCUCUUCAGGCUGGUUUGGAGGACAAUUUUUGUGAUCAUCACAACUUUGAUUUCAAUGCUUCUCCCAUUCUUCAAUGACAUAGUGGGGCUUCUUGGAGCACUUGGAUUUUGGCCUCUCACUGUGUAUUUCCCGGUGGAGAUGUACAUUAUUCAGAAGAGAAUACCAAAGUGGAGUAUCAAGUGGAUCUGCUUUCAAUUGUUUAGUCUUGCUUGCCUUAUAGUUACUGUAGCAGCUGCAGCUGGCUCUGUUGCUGGGAUUUUCCUUGAUCUUCAAGUUUAUAAGCCAUUCAAGGCCAUCUAUUGAUUUAAUGUGACAACAUAUGGGAGAGAUUUCAGCAACAAAAUCCCCAUCCUUGUUUAUGUUCAUAAGAAGCCUAAGAUGAUUAUGUGAAGUUGUUGCUUAUCGCUUAGCUUUGAAAUGACCAAAGCAGGGGGGGAAUUUAUACACGACUGUAAUAUUUUAUAUGACAAGUCCAUAUAUUAUAUUGAGCCUGAAAUGUUUUAUCUA